AUAGUAAAUGGUUCCCCAAAAACUAUAACUCCCAGCGUUCCCACCGUGUUUUUUAUUUUUUUUAUUUGCCCUUAGUCAAUAUGGCCGCCCUCGCCUCAGCAGUCCGGGGAGAUUACCCAGUAUCCCCUGCGCUGCCCGGAAGAUUUUGCUGUUGACAAUAUGGCGGGGGCUGGAGCUGUGGCCGGAGGAAGGAGGAGGAAGUGUCAUUCAUGUUAGGACAGCAGGGAGAGGGGCUCCUCGUUACCGCAGAGCUCAGGCAGCGGCGUCCCCGGCGUCCCGUGUACCGGGUGAGGGGAGCCGGGGCGCCCCAGUAUGCGCUGAGUGAACCGGGCACGUCCAGGGAGCCGGCGGCGCCAUGUCCUUCUUCCGCAGGAAAGGCCUGCAAACUAGACACGUUGAUGCUUGGAGAGACCUACUGCAGUUUUUGUGUUUGCGGGAUUACUGCGGGGGAAUGCAAGUGACCAGUGAAAGGAAAAGAUCAAGACAAGCCAGAUGUGAAAGUAUUUAAAGACAUAACACCAGCACCAGUACAUUCCCCGUCAAGAAGUCCGAAGAAUAAUGCCUUGCUGGAGGCUGCUGGACCAAGCCAUGUGGCUAUCAAUGCCAUAUCGGCCAAUAUGGACUCUUACUCAAGCAGUAGGACUGCUGCGCUCAAGAAGCAGCCAAUUUACAUGGAAGCUACACAUUUUGGAGACCUUGGCCGAUCGUGUCUGAACUAUGAGUCCCAAGAUGCAAAGUCAAGCCUUUCAAAAACUCUUGAACAAGUCCUACAAGACAAUGUGGCUCUCCCUUAUUUUAUUCAGUUUAUGGAGCUCCGCAGGAUGGAACAUUUAGUGAAGUUCUGGUUGGAGGCUAAAAGUUUUAACUCCACUACCUGGUCCCGAAUUAGAGCAUACAGCUUAAAUACAGUUAAGCACAGCACUUUGGCAGAGCCCGUGUCAUCGUCUCCAAAGCGGCCAGAUCAGUCAGCAACAUCCCCUCCUGCUUCAGUGAUUCAGCAGGCCCAAGAUUGCUCUAAAGUUCCACAAAAUACGUCCAGGUUGAAAGUGUUGGGUUCUUUAGCAAAUCCACACAGUGCUUUACAUCAUUCACAGACUAAACAGAAGAAACAAAGCACGCUGGCUAUUGAGCUAGAACUGUCUACAGAUGAGACCUUACUCGCUUUUGAGCAGUCUUCCAUGGUUCAUGCAUCAAACAGGGAUAGCCCAAUACAUGAAGGGCUAGUUGACAUGUCCCAGAAACUAAUGAAGAGUAUAGAACGAGAUGCUGUAAACACUUUCACCAAAUACAUUUCUCCGGAUGCUGCUAAACCUAUACCGAUCAGUGAGGAAAUCAGGAGUGAUAUUGUCGCAAAGAUCUGUGGCGAGGAUGGCCAAGUGGACCCAAACUGCUUUCUUACUGCACAGACCAUAGUAUUUAAUGCCAUGGAACAAGAGCACUUUUCAGAAUUUUUACGAAGUCACCAUUUCUGUAAAUACCAGAUUGAGGUGCUGACCAGCGGAACAGUUUACCUGUCGGAUAUUUUGUUCUGUGAAUCGGCACUCUUUUAUUUUUCAGAGUACAUGGAGAAGGAAAAUGCAGUGAAUAUAUUACAGUUUUGGUUAGCUGCUGACAACUUCCAGUCUCAACUUGCCACUAAGAAUGGACAGUAUGAUGGACAGGAGGCACAGAAUGAUGCGAUGAUCCUUUAUGACAAGUAUUUUUCCCUACAAGCCACACACCCAUUAGGCUUUGAUGACGCUGUGAGGCUAGAAAUUGAGUCCAACAUUUGCCGGGAAGGAGGCCCACUCCCAAACUGCUUCACCACUCCAUUACGUCAGGCAUGGACCACCAUGGAGAAGGUAUUCUUGCCUGGCUUCCUCUCUAGCAAUCUGUAUUACAAAUACUUGAACGACCUGAUUCACUCAGUUAAAGGUGACGACUACAGUUGGAUUGGGGCUGGGAAUCACAGUCAAGGAAACCAAGGCACUCCCAACCAUGAGCCCUAUGCUGGGGCAACAGAUAGCUCCACACCUCAGCAGAACCUGAAAAAGAGAAAUGUAAAAAUUCUGAAAAACUUUGAUGAAGCAAUAAUUGUUGAUGCUGCAAGUCUGGAUCCUGAGACGCUCUAUCAACGCACGUAUGCUGGAAAAAUGACUUUCGGGACAGUAAGCGAUCUAGGUCAGUUUAUAAGAGAGUCAGAGCCUGAGCCAGAUGUAAAGAAGUCAAAAGGAUCCAUGUUCUCACAAGCUAUGAAGAAAUGGGUCCAGGGUAACACAGAUGAGGCUCAAGAAGAAAUGGCUUGGAAGAUUGCAAAGAUGAUUGUUAAUGACGUGAUGCACCAGGCACAGUGGAGUCCUCCACCAGAAAGAUCUACUAAGAUAUAAGGUCAUUGACUCCUGGCUUCACACCGCUUUCUGUCUGACAUAACAUUGGAUACUUUCUUUCAUGUAUAGACGGUGUUCAACCAACAGUGCAAUGCAGAAUACGUCAUAGUGGCAGAAAAGAAGGCAUUUUGAAUUGGAAGAACAAAAGAUUAUUAUUUUUUUUUUUUUAUAAUAAUCCUGCCCCAGUAUAACAUCUAUGAAGAUGUACACAGAGCACUUGUUAUGGUGACAAUGAAGGUAAAACACAUGGAGUGUGAAUACAGACUGCCUGGGUCAGAGAUGCUGCACAGUUUAUCAGUCUAGGCGUUUCAAUGGUUAACAAUUCAGGACGAUUCUGGUCACUUUCUGUUCCAUCUAAACUAGAAAUAUCAUUUGCUUUGAACUCUGGAAACAGCACUGAAGUGUUCCUGUAGAGGGCCGAUGACCUGAGGGGUACAGUCAGUAACCGGUCAAGGAACAUUCACAAUUCAUUUUAUAUUGAUCUUAUUUUUUUUUCAUUUCACACCUAACGUAAUCUGAUUUUAUUUCAUUAAGAGUAUAGUGUAUCCUAUGCCAAGAACCCAAAAUGUCACUGAAGGUGUAGGCCCAGCCAUAGAUCCUGUGCAUGUAUACAUACUGUACAUUUACAUAGAUGCAACACAACAUACUACCGGUUUCUCUUCCAUUUGCAUCUGGAGUUUAGCUUUUUAGGUGGUCAACAGGUUCCCAUUGAGCUACAAAUACUAGAGCGUAUUAAAUAUGACAUUUCCACUAGUGAAGCUUCACAAUUGGAGCUGUAUUCUACCUGCAAUGCCUCUGUGGCUUACUAUGUCCUAUGCUUCAUGUUCCAUAGCAAUAAACUCAUGCAUGAUUGAAUGGUUCAAAGCUUCAGGUCCCUGGCCAUUAUGUCAUCCUCAUGAAUUUCAGGCACUGACCUUUUAAUACAUUUGGUAGUUUAUUUAUGUCCAAUUAUAGUUAGAAAAGCUUGUGUCCCCUAUGACAACACUUCUUGUCUUGCAUCUCAGAAGCUCACAGUUGACAUCUGCCAGCAGGGCUUGUGCAUGAAUCCUCUCUUGUAUCUGAAAUGUGCAGCAUAUCAAUGAAUUACAACAUUUUUCUCCACAUUUUAUAGAACUUGUGGGAGGUUAAGCUUAUAAUAAGAACAUUUGAAAAGCAAAUAUAUAACAAUUUAAUCAGCACUUAAAUGAAUGCUCACAUCCUGUACACUGCAUUGGGGGUAUCACAGCUUCCUAUUUAGAUUAUGGUCAGGCCAAUGCUACAUAAAGGUGGGGAUGUCCUGCCAUGUAUGCUCUGAACAUUCAUAGCUAUGAGCAGUCGUUCCUGAGCCUUCAUAAUAUGUUAAAGGUGAUGGCUAGGAUUAGGCAAACAUGGCUGUUUUCUUUUCAAUAUAGUGCAAGAAUUGCAGUUCAGCGCUAUUCAUUUCAAUGGCACCGAGUUGCAAUACCAGACACGCAACCCAUUGACAGGCACUGUUUCUGCAAUGUUUAUCUCAUCCUAGACCACCGCCGUUGUCCUGUAGCCCUUGGUAGACUACAAUUGAUUGAAACCUAAAAGAAGGUCAGAAAAUGGAAUCAACUCUUUGUAGUAUUGGUUUAAAAGAAUAUUACCUGUUAGGGGUCAUCCACAAUUGUGAUAAUGUCUGGACUUAUGAACCUUUUACCUUAGAUGUGGGAAUGUAAAAAAACAAUAUGGAUGGUUGCUGUGGAUUCACUCCUAUAUUGAGAAACUGGCACUUUUUCUAUCUAUGCUGCAAUUUCUGUUUGGAACACAAAUGCAAGUCCAUUGUCUUGAAGAACCCAGGGAUCUUACAGUGACUGCAUCUUUGCCUAUUAUUGUGCAGCUCCAGCUUCUGGGACCCUUGGACAUACAAGUAUUGCAUCCUUUACUAGUUCUGGGAGUACACAGCACUGCAUUGGACUCCUUUAAUUUUCGGGGCAUGCUCCUGAUGCAACACUCCGUUACAAUGCUGUGGUUUUAGUAGUGACAGUAUUCCCUCUAUAAGGCAAUUUCGGGAAUUUGAUCCUUAUUUGUAUGUUUUUAUAUGUUUUCUUUUUUUCCUUUCUCAUUACGCUAAAAAAAUAAGAAUAAAAAAAAUUGUAAAUUACUUUGUCGUGUUUCCAACCAUGGGAACGGCUUUGAUUCUCUAAACUAUUUCAGCUGCAGUUGUUAAAAAUACCCUGUGUAUUGUCUGGUAAUAUACAAAAGAAGGCUGUGUAUAGCGUUUUUGGUACUAUGUACCUCUUUCCAUGACCUUCCCAUACCUAAGUAUUCCUGUACUUAAUCACUCAUCUAUUUAAUGUGUUAAAUUGAGAAUAUAUCAGAGAAAUAUUAAAAGUGUUGUCUAUCCUUUUCAUUGUGUGUGAUCUCUGUCUGAUUCCCGAACUUGUAAUAAAAUGGAAUGAAUGUACAGA